AUGCGCUCCUUCAUCGCCAUCGCGGCUCUAGCCAUUUCUGGCGCCGUCGCUAGUCCUUGCAAGCCUCGAACCACUGAGACUUCGGCAUCUGUCGCUUCAGAGACUUCAUCUGCUGCUCUUGAAGCUACGACUCUGCCUGCGCCUCCGGCUGAUUCUAUCAUCACCAAUACUUGUACGGGUGGUGGUCUGACGAGCCUCGAUCCUUUCGUCACUGACGGAGAUGUCACCCUUAACACUAACGAAGGCUAUAAUCCUGGCGGCGGAAGCUCUGACAAGAGCUGUGCUUCGCUUAGCGCCCAGGCAUCCCCGGGCGGUCGCAAGCGUCAGACUCUGGGGGAUAUUGCAGCGCUGAAGCAAUUGCUCACUGGCCUCAAUGUGCGAACUCAGUAUACCGUUCAGUUCUUCUACCUCGUCUUCACGCCUCCCCAAGCGACAACUUCCUGUGUUCUCGAGGCAUUUAUUGGUUCGCAAAAGUUCUUCACCACUGGCAUCUUCGCCAAUGGUGCUAGCAUUAGCUAUAACCAGGUCUUGGUCUCUACUUCUGCGCCAUCUACCCAGGGCUUCUUGAACAUCCAGACUACUUGCUCUGCUGGAGGUUCUGCGGUGGUGCUUGUUGAUUCUAUCUUUAUUUCUAACCAGGUUACUCCUGAGAACAUCAACGACUUCAGACUUGACUUUGGAGGAGGUGAUAUCCGUGAGCCGGUUAAUAGCCCUCCUACUACUCAGAUUGCUCCGACUACUCAGCGUGGGCCUGCUACCCAGACCUUUCCCGGUACUCAGGUUGGUCCUGCUACACAAACUCUUCCGGCUACCCAAUCUGAGCCUGCCACACAGAACGGCCCUGCCACCCAGACCUUUCCUGGUACUCAGCCUGGACCUGCUACCGAGACCGUCCCCGGUACCCAGCCGGGACCUGCUACCCAGUCUGAGCCUGCUACGCAGAAUGGCCCUUCUACUGCCACCAAUAUUCCUAAUCAAGGCCCUACCACCGCCUCUCAGAACCAGGGCACCGAGUCUACUCAACGAACCGUUAUCCCAACCGAGACUGCUGCCAACCCUAACCCCGCCACCACUCAGACAGUGAAUCCGGGCUUCCAGACCAGCACCACUGCAAAUGGCGGUGCCUCGACUGAAGCCAACUUUGCUUCCACCACGACUCGUCCCGACACCCAGCCUGCCACUCCCACUCCCGUCGGUUCCAAAACCACUACUGCCUUCGAUUCUGAUACUACCGUUGGUCCUCUCAACAACGCCGAGCCUGCUCAGGAUAACUGCGUCAGCACCAACCUGAUCCCCAACGGCGACUUUGAGUCUGCAUCGAGUGGAUGGCAGAUCUCUGGAAACGCUGGUAUCACCUACAACGGCCAGUUCGGUCCUCAAGCCCGUGCCAACAGCGGCAACCUCGCCAUGGCUCUCCACUGGCCUCAAAAGGACGGCGUCAAAGCCGGUUUCAAGCGCACCAUCACAGGCCUCACGCCCGGCCAGACAUACUAUCUCGGCUACGGCCACCACACGGGCAACGGCGCCCAUCUUCCCUACUACGAGUGUGACAUCCUCGUCAAGUUCGACGGUGUCAACUUUGAUGACUUUGAUCCUUUCUACGAUCCUAAUGCCUGGUGGCAGUACCGCAACCGCAUGAACUUUGUCACGCCUACGCAUUCUGACGUUGAGCUGUCGUUUGUUCUUACCUGCAAGAAUAACCCUGCUGCUUUUACGCUUCUUAUGGACGAUGUUUUCCUUUCUGCUUGUCAGAAAUAG